AUGUCGGCCGAAACAGCGACGAAACCCUAUCCCGAGCUUGCUCCAUACGACGAUGCGUAUGGCUUCUCCCGCGAGUCCUUUGACCCGUCAGCGCUGCCAAACUUCGACUGUGAUUACCUCGAUUCCGAAGAUUUGCUCGCAUUCGAGACGGCGUUGCAGGCACCCGAUCCUCUACAAAGUCCCACCGAUGACACAUCCAGCCUACGGUCACCGAGAAGCGUCAGUUCUGUCAACCUGACCAAGAGAGAUUCGACGACUGGCAGCGUCCUGGAAGAUGACGCCGCCGCCGUUGCAGCAUCAGCUGGUGCUGCUGGAGGCAAUUUGCUUGUGCCUCCGACCCCGACCCUGGGGACCUUUGUCACAGCGCAGAACGACUGGGCGCCGGUGACCCCCAGCAAACACCGGAACAGACGAGGCAGCAAGAAGAAGAGAAAAGGCAAAGGGCCGGUAGAAGGUCUGCUGGGCACCCGAACAAAAGAUGAGACGAGAGAAGGAUAUCUAUACCUGCUCUCUAAAUGGCCUCUACUCUUCUUUGUCUUCUCAUGGCUCAUUGGGCUGAGCAUCGCAUAUCUUUCAACGAGGUGGUACAUAUGGUUUUACGAACAAUUCUGGACGUGGCGUGGCCGACGUGAAAUCUUGCGUAAGAACAUGCGAAGGACUUCUAGCUACAAAGGCUGGGUCACAGCUGCGAAAGAGCUGGAUGAAUUCUUGGGCCGAAAGAACUGGAGAGAAGUUGACGACUUUGCCUACUACGACUCCAAAACUGUCAAACGAGUUUGGAGUCAAAUUCGCAAGACGCGAGCCAAAGCAGAGGCGCUUGAGAUGGACGGCGACCAACAGGAACUGAAAAAGGCUGUUGAUGAUCUGAGAGCACUCCUGGAGGCCUGCGUCAAGAAUAACUUUGUUGGUGUGGAAAAUCCAAGGCUCUACAGCCAAACAUACUAUGGGACCAAGAACCUGGUCCAGAACUUUGUCGACGAUGUCGAAAAGAGUCUCCGAUUUCUCCUCAAUACAGAACACCUCGAUGCCGAUGAGAAACGAAUACUGUUCAAGCACGUACACGCCAACUACGGACGAACGGCCCUUUGUCUGUCUGGUGGGGCUACAUUUGCCUAUUACCAUAUUGGAGUCGUGAAGGCGAUGCUUGAUGCCGACCUACUACCCGACGUUAUCACCGGAACCAGCGGAGGCGCACUGAUAGCCGGCCUCAUUGCUACCCAUACCAACGAUGAACUGAAAGAGCUUCUGAUACCAGCACUUGCGCAUCGAAUUACUGCUUGCGGCGAAUCUAUGAAGACUUGGUUUCCCAGGUGGUGGAAGACCGGCGCACGCUUUGACUCGGUCGACUGGGCCGAGCGGUGCUCUUGGUUCACGAGGGGCUCAAUGACUUUUAGGGAGGCAUACGAGCGGACCGGGCGUAUCCUCAACGUUAGCUGUGUCCCGGCUGACCCUCAUUCUCCAGCCAUUCUUUGCAACUAUCUAACCAGCCCCGACUGCGUCAUUUGGUCUGCUGUGCUUGCAUCGGCGGCUGUUCCAGGAAUCCUCAACCCGGUUGUCCUCAUGAUGAAAAUGCGGGACGGGACUCUAGCACCGUACUCAUUCGGCCACAAGUGGAAAGACGGCAGCUUGAGAACUGAUAUCCCCAUCAAGGCGUUGAACACACACUUCAACGUCAAUUUUACCGUCGUGAGCCAAGUCAACCCACACAUAAACCUCUUCUUCUUCUCUUCAAGAGGCACAGUUGGCCACCCCGUCACGCAUCGUAAAGGGCGUGGCUGGCGUGGUGGCUACCUCAUGUCGGCAAUAGAACACUAUCUCAAACUCGACAUGAACAAGUGGCUCAAGUUUAUUCGACACGCAGAACUGCUGCCUCGCCCCCUGGGACAGGAUUGGAGCCAGCUCUGGCUGCAGGAGUUUGGCGGCACCAUUACCAUCUGGCCCAAGUCGAUCCCUUCUGAUUAUUGGCAUAUCUUGACAGAUCCAGACGAGAAGCGAUUGGCCCGGAUGAUACACGAAGGACAGCAGAGCACCUUUCCGAAGCUCAAGUUCAUGUCUAACCGCCUCAAGAUAGAGAGAAUGAUAGAGCAGGGGAGGAGAGAAACCAGGCCAUGGGCGAGAAGAGGAAGCAUGCAGAGAAUCUACAGCGACGAUGAUUUGAGAAGCAUUUUGCUGGAAGAGAUGGCAGUGACGUCUUCGACAACGGAAGACGAUUCGGAGCAGGAUGGCGAGAUGAAUAGCGAAAUCACACCGUCUCAAGAUGGCGAGGAGAAGGACGAGAUUAGCACUUGA